AUGGAUUCAAAAUUUUUAAUUGAUUUCCUUAUGGGUGGUGUUUCUGCCGCUAUUUCCAAAACUGCUGCUGCUCCAAUUGAAAGAGUUAAAUUAUUAAUACAAAAUCAAGAUGAAAUGUUAAAACAAGGUAGAUUAUCUCAUAAAUAUACUGGUAUUAUUGAUUGUUUUAGAAGAACUGCUGCUGAUGAAGGUUUAAUUUCAUUUUGGAGAGGUAAUACUGCUAAUGUUAUUAGAUAUUUCCCAACUCAAGCUUUAAAUUUUGCUUUUAAAGAUAAAUUUAAAGCAAUGUUUGGUUUUAAAAAAGAUGAAGGUUAUUGGAAAUGGUUUGCAGGUAAUUUAGCAUCUGGUGGGUUAGCUGGUGCAACUUCUUUAUUAUUUGUUUAUUCAUUAGAUUAUGCAAGAACUAGAUUAGCUAAUGAUGCUAAAUCUGCUAAAGGAGAUGGUAAAGGUAGAGAAUUUAAUGGUUUAAUUGAUGUAUACAAAAAGACUUUAGCUAGUGAUGGUAUUGCUGGAUUAUAUAGAGGUUUUGGUCCAUCAGUUGUUGGUAUUAUUGUUUAUAGAGGUUUAUAUUUUGGGUUAUAUGAUUCAUUAAAACCAGUUCUUUUAGUUGGUCCAUUACAAGAUAACUUUUUAGCUUCAUUUUUAUUAGGUUGGUGUGUUACAACUGCUGCUUCAACUGCUUCUUAUCCAUUAGAUUCUGUUAGAAGAAGAAUGAUGAUGACUUCAGGUCAAGCAGUUAAAUAUAAAAGUGCCUUUGACUGUUUUAAUCAAGUAGUUGCAUCAGAAGGUGUUGGUUCCUUAUUUAAAGGUUGUGGUGCUAAUAUAUUGAGAGGUGUUGCCAGUGCUUUGGUCAUUUCAUUAUAUGAUCAAUUACAACUCAUCGUUUUUGGUAAAAAAUUUAAGUAA